CGGGAUCGGCUUUCGCGAGGGGGCACGGCGCUCGCCGCGCUCCCCAGCUGCGCCGGCUCUCGCAUGAGGCGGCGGCGGGCGGCCCGGGGGGAAGGCAGCGCGCACAAAGCCCGGUAGCCGCCGCAGGCCGCCUCCCGCCUCGCCGCCGCCCCCGAACACCGGGCGGGGCUCCCGGGCGGCCCGGCCCAGCCGAACGGAACGGAGCCGAGCCGAGUCGAGCAGGGCAGAGCGGGGCUGCGCCGCCCCCAGCCCCGGAGCCGCCCGCAGCCCCCCGGGCUCGGUGCCCGCCUCGGUGCCGGGCCGCGGCGCCUCCCGGCUCCCCCGGCCCCCUCCCGCCGCCUCCCCGCGGCAGCGGCUCGCCCCGGCGCGGCGGCAGCUGCUGGAAGUCGGCGGCAGGGAUCAGUCUCUCUCCCGGGGCGAGCACCGUGUGAAGGCGAUACCGCCGCAAGUCGCGGCGACGGGGGGGGUUUGAGUUUGUUUACUCGUGAUUGGCGUCUCUUCCUCUGGAUUCUCUUUCUGCUGGCGUAACGGAUCGAUAGAGGUGCUUUGAUGGGUUUUUAGGGAGCAUUUUUUUCUCCGAAAACAUUGCUGCUAAAAAGUUCCAAACUGGAGAAGUAAAUCCAGUCAGCUUGUCAGGUCACUGGCUCAAUGUAAAAGUGCUUUCAUGAGGUAACGUUGGGCCAAAGUCAACUUUUCUUUCUCUUUUGUAAAUCUGCAGCCAAGCAAUGGGCCAGAAAAUCUCAGGGAGCAUAAAGUCUGUGGAUGUGAGGGAGCCCCCUUAUAGACCUGUUAAACGAGAGCUGAGAGGCCCGGAUUUUUGCAAGCCAGCGCGACUGGACAUGCUGUUGGAUAUGCCUCCUGCCAAGCUGGAGGUCCAGUAUAAACAUGCUUGGAACAACGAAGAUCGCUCCUUAAAUAUAUUUGUAAAGGAAGAUGAUAAACUGACUUUUCAUAGACACCCAGUUGCCCAAAGCACAGAUUGCAUCCGCGGCAAAGUUGGCUACACGAGAGGCCUGCAUGUCUGGCAAAUCCACUGGCCCACGAGGCAACGGGGAACUCAUGCUGUGGUGGGCGUCUCCACGGCCGAAGCUCCGCUGCACUCGGUGGGGUAUACAUCAUUGGUUGGUAGCAAUAGUGAAUCAUGGGGCUGGGAUCUGGGACGCAACAAACUCUACCACAAUUGUAAAAACCAGCCUGGGGUCACGUAUCCUGUCUUUUUGGAACCAGAUGAGUCUUUUGUACUCCCAGACUCCUUACUGGUGGUUUUGGAUAUGGAUGAAGGGACGCUUAGCUUCAUGGUAGAUGGACAGUAUCUUGGAGUGGCCUUCAGGGGACUAAAAGGGAAAAAACUGUACCCCAUAGUCAGUGCAGUUUGGGGGCACUGUGAAAUUACAAUGAGAUACAUCAACGGACUUGACCCGGAACCCCUGCCUUUAAUGGACUUGUGCCGAAGAUCAAUUCGUUUUGCUCUUGGCAGAGACCGGCUGCACGACAUAGAAAUUCUACCUUUGCCUCUGUCUCUGAAAAAUUAUUUACAGUACCAAUAAGAUGUCUAGAACCCUCUGGCCUCACAUUGGACUACAUCAAUGCAAAUGGCAGAAAAUUGUUUACAGCAAAAUAUAAAUCUUUGCGAUGGACACUUAAGUGUUAUUUAAUUUUUAAUAUAUUUUUUUUUCUGAACCAGUGAAAGCAGAUCACUGCAGGGGACUACUAAAGAAUGUGAAAACAUUGAUUUGAUUGAGAUUUGUCUAUUAUCUGUUGCCUGUUGUGUUUACAGUCCUGAAGGCCAUUAUUCUCAUCUCUCAUAUAUUGGUUUAUCUUUGUUGCCUCUGGUAAAUGCCAAUAGAAGAUCUGACCUGCAAGAUCCACUGUCAUGCAGGACAGAGCAUUCUUCAAUAACUUGAUUUUUUUUUUUUCUUUCUUUCUCUUACACCUUACCCCAAUAGAUAAAGGUGAAUUAGCAAAGGAAAAAUCUUGACAGUAACUUUCAAAAAAUAUUUAAACCUUGCCUUUGGUAUCCAGAGUUGUUGAGAGCUUUGAGUGUUCAGCACUCAACAUAAUCAGGCCUAUAAUAUCUAAAAGUUCUAACACUUUAAAAACCAGAUUAUUGUCUAGAAGAGGAGUAUGUGAUUUAAAAACAGGAGAGGAAGAAAACUGGUAUUUGUGUCAGGUAAUUUUGGGACAUGGUAACAGAAAGAUGCAGUCCAUUGUUUUCAAAACCAAAUCUAGUCCCUCCAAAGUUCUGCAGUUUAUAGCAAAGCAUUCAUUAUCCCAAGAAUUUAGGAUACUCCUAUUUUAGAAAGCUUGUCACUUUUUUUUAUUUGAACAAAUUUAUAAUUUUUAUGUGGUAUGAACUCUAAGUACUUGGUUCUCUUUUUAAUGUAUGUGUGGUUAUAAUGUUUAUUUAUCUGUUUAGAGUCUGUGGAGUUGUCAUUUAACUGUUUCCCAUUUUGGGGUGACCGAUUUUGGUUUUUUCCCCAUCUCUACCUGAAAUGUAUUAAUUUUUCAGGCUCAUCCCAUUUUUUAAGAUGCUGCUUUCUAUUUGCAUUUCUUACAUGUUUCACGUUAUCUGCCUGAUCAGUUAUCUAGUUUUUAAACUGGAAGUUGUUGUUAUGGCAGGAUGUCAAAUGUUUAGACUGAGCUGCCUUCAGCAUAUUUUAAUGUGAAUUUACUGAUGAAUGAGGAGAAAAUUUCUAAUAAAGUCUACUGUCCAAA